UCUUUGAGAGCAAGAGCAUUGAAGUCAAGAGAUGCAGAAACUCCAACAGAACCUACAGAAGGAACUGAAACAACAGAAACUCCAGAAGAACCACCAAAACCAACGGCAAAUGAAAUAUUGUUCGAAUAUUUUCCAAGAUACUCUGUCCUCAUUGCAUACAUUCAAGAAAUACUUAAGAAAGCAGACUUGACUUUAGGAGAUGAUGAAAGUUCUGUAUAUCUUUCGUUCCAGUUUCAACUAGCAGAACUUUUGAGACAGAUAUGCUUAAUGUAUGACAACAUCUCUGAUUUCACAAGAUAUGAUGACGACCAUGACCCCGAACACGGUGAAGAAGAAGUUUUACAAACAUCCAUUAAGACAGGAAAGGUUUUAACUCAAAGUCUCAUUAUUGACACCAAAGAUGGCGAAGUGGACGUUCUUCAAAAGCUGAAGAAAAAUACUUCUUCGGGAGGUGGUGGUAGGCAUGAACUUGAAAUAAAUGAGAUAGAAGAGAAAUUAGCCGAAAAAGCAGACAAAAACCAUGUUCAUUAUAUAAGUUCAGACGAACAGAUUAUAACGGACUACCAUGGAUAUUUAACACGAACUGAAGAAGAAGUGAAGACGGAAGAUGUUAAUGAAAGAAGAUAUAAAUUCAUUCGUGCUAAAGGUUAUGACAUACACUGUACUGUACAAUAUGACACAGGUAAAGCACCAGAAGCAUUUGGUUAUAACGAUGAAAUCUAUGCCUCUACUUUCAAUGUUAACGGUGUAUUAGUUGAACCAAGAUUUACUUUGAGAGUUAAGUCAAAAAUAACGUCUGAAGAUGCUAUUAAAAGUAAAGCUGACAAAGUUGAACUCGAAGCAAUGAACAAAGUUUUGAAAUCUCAUAAACACAACAUCUCCGAUAUAAAUGAACUUCAAGCUACAUUAGACAGUAAAGCCGACAAGAACCAUACACAUGAAUCCUUCACUACUGUUAGAGCAGACGACAUAAUAUUGAACUAUACCCUUGGUUCAAGUGCACCUUUAGAGAAUCCAAGUACAAGCGUAAAAGAUACACUAAACUCCUUAAAUAGUAAAUGUAUGAACAUUGAAGGUCAUGUCAGAAACUUUGAAACAUAUGAACUACCAGCAAUGUUAGAUAAGAAAGCUGACAAAGAACAUACACAUAAAUCCUUCACUACUGUUAGAGCAGACGACAUAAUAUUGAACUAUGAUUUGGGUUCAAGUGCACCUUUAGAGAAUCCGAGUACAAGCGUAAAAGAUACUCUUAACAAUUUAGAUAACAGUUGCAGGAAUAUCGAAGAUCAUGCCAGAAACUUUGAAGCAUAUGAACUACCAACAAUGUUAGAUAAGAAAGCCGACAAGAACCAUACACAUGAAGAAUUUCAAACAAUCAGGAUUAAAGAAAUUAAGGCAUGCAUUGAAGAAGUAACAAAAACAGGAAGAAACGGUGCAACUGUACAUGAACAAAGAAUUUAUCCUCCUACUUUUCCUAAUGGUUUAAUAACAAACAAUAUAAAUAUUGUAGAUGGCAAAAGAUUUAUAAUUUAA